AUGGCAUCGUUUGUGACCAUACGGAGUCAACUUAUAUCGCUUGAGAACAAGUCGGAGUCUUUACUUUCGCGAUACUCACAAUUCGCGCAAACGACAAGUGCGGAAGCUUCAACACAAGAAAGAACAACUGACACUCGAUUGGAGGAAUGUUUAACCCAGAGGCAAGACUGCAUUAACAACUUGGACCAAAUUUGUAACGAAAACUCGAAGAUUUCAGCGUCGAAACUGUCCCAACUACAACGCCAUAAAGAGAUUUUACAAGAACAUUGGCAAAACUUUCGGAACCUAAGGUCCUCUAUUCAACAAGAACGUAACCGUCUUAACUUGUUGUUCAGUGUCAAACAAGACUUGGCGCAACAAAGUGUUCAGGAUGAAGAUGCUUAUAUACAGGAAGAAUCGCGGCGGAUUCAGGACUCCCAUAACGUGGUGGACAGUUUGUUGACACAGGCGUGGGAAACGCGAGACCAAUUUGCAGCACAGCGUACGGUCUUACAAGGAGCCGGCGACAGGAUCUUGAGAACACUUCAACGGGUUCCAGGUAUCAACAAUGUAAUUGCCAAGAUUAACACCAGAAGAAAGAAAAACGCUUUGAUUCUUUCAACGUUAAUCACAGUGUGUAUUUUACUGCUAUUCUUUACAUGGUAA